AGCAAGCUUUCUCUCUGUCUCUGGUGUUACAGUAGAGCUGGUAGAACACAAAAGUGGCUGCUUUGACCUAUGAAUUGUCCCAUAUUGAUUAAUCUCUCUCUCUAAGAAUCCAAACAGCCAUGGUUGCAGCUCAACAUCAAAGCUGGUAUGCCAUCUUUCCUCCUCCCUUCUCUUUACUCCAUAUUUAGGGUUCUAAGUUAAUUCAAAUUCUCUUCUUACUUCUUUCCCAUAAUUUUCCCCUUUUUAAAGUCUAGGGUUUUUGUUCUCUUCCUUUCUCUGUAAUUUUCUCCAUGGCCCAUAUUUCAGAGAGCUUAGAUUUGAAUUCUGAGGCACCCCUCAUAGAAGAUGAACAUGAAAAUCCUAGGGUUAAUAAACAUGCAUCUCAAAUUGUGGACAUAGAGAGGGAAACCUCUUCAAUUGAUGAAUCAAGAGGCAAAGGGUUGGGUCUCUCUCUUUCUCUCUCUAUUCCAAACGAGAGUAGCAGAGAUCCAAGUGUUGAAGUAAGGGAGUCUGGUCUUUCGCUCUCUGUCUCUCCGUCAAAUGAGAAUAACAGCACCCCAGACGAAGUUAGAGAGGCUGGUAACGAUGGCUGUCAAAACAAUGGAGAGGAAGAAGAAAAGGAGGUGAUGAGGAAAGAAGAAGAGUCGGUAACUCCCCGUACGAGACCUAGAAAGAAUACCGCAAUAAAAGAUAAGGAGCAUGUCAAUAUGGAAUUACCGCAAGGAGAAAGAGGGUUUUGUGCAGGUGAUCUAGUGUGGGGUAAAGUAAAGAGCCAUCCAUGGUGGCCUGGGCAGAUAUUUGAUCCGUCUUCUUCGUCCGAAAGGGCCAGAAGAUAUGAAAAGAAAGAUCACCAUCUCGUCUGUUAUUUUGGGGACCAAACCUUUGCGUGGUGCAAUGAAUUUCAAUUGAGACCUUUCCGAUCCAAUUUUGAGCAAAUGGAGAACCAAAACAGUAUGGAUGCGUUCCUUGAUGCAAUAGAUGAUGCAUUGGAAGAAGUAUCCAGGCGAGUUCAGUUAGGUCUCACCUGCUCUUGCUUGCCUGAAGAAGCUUGUAACACCCUGAAAUCAAAGAAAGUUUUGAAUGCAGGAUUAAGACAAGAAGUUACUUACCCUGAUGAAAAUGUCAGAUCUUUUCCGAUCUCUAGUUUUGAAACAGAAGGGUUUCUGGACUAUAUCAGAAAGCUGGCUGUGUCGCCCUUUCUGGGUGGUAACAAACUAGAAUUUUUUAACUUUCAGGCUCAAUUUUCGGCUUUUCUCCGUGCAAAGGGUAUCUCAAAGCUAGCUGAAUUUAAAGACAAUGAAAAGAUUUUAGGGCACGAUGAUGAAUCCUGGUUCAUAGAUGAAAUUGAGGGGACCGAUCGAAAUUCAGCUCUUAUAAAAGAGAAAGGCCAGGUUUUGCAAGAGUUAGAAGGGAGUAAAGUCGAGGAAACAGAGCGUUUGAACUCAUCCCAGUUCCAGAGACAUUCUCCAGAGGAUGGUUUGUAUGCUAAUAGAAAGCAGCGGAGCAUGGAUGAACUAUUGGCAGAGAAGAGAGAGAAGAGUGUUAGUUCUCGUGAACUAAAAAGAAAAAGGAGAAAGACGGGCACUAAAUCUCCUAAACUGAUGGCUGGAAAGAGUGAGACGGUUGGUGGCUCUCGCUCUGGGAACUUCACAAUAACUGGGGAGAAGGGAAUUGCAAGGAAAUCUGGUAAUCAGAAGCCAUUGAAGGUUGGGAAACACAUAAGCAGUCGAAGCAUAGCCGAGAUAAUGGCAAGGAAGAGGAAGGCCAUUUCUAAUCAGAAUGGUGUAAAGACUGAAAGAGAUAUCACUUACAAAAGGCGUACUCGAGAGUUAGCUUCAGGACCAACUGCAGAAAAGUCGAAUUCCACCGGAUUUCUCUCACCUGAGCCUAUGCAAAAGACUAAGAAGAGGUCUGCAUCAUUUAGAGAGUCCAGGAGUGAGGCGUCGCAUUCUGUUAAAAAACGAAAGCCUGAAGUCUCUCUGUCUUCAGGCUCAAAGAAAAAUAGGAGGCUCUCAUCAUCAAGUGCAGAAGUGAUUGAGACCUUACAUUCUGCUGAGAAGCAUACAAAGGCCGGAUCCUCUCAUUCUCUGGAAUCGAGACAAGAGAUCGAGAUACUACCUAUGGCUAAGAAGCAAAGGGCCUCUGGGAGCUCUCUCUCCCCUUAUUCAAAGCAAACCAGGAAGUCUGUAUCUCAAAAAGAAAAGCGAACCAGGAAGUCUGUUUCUCAAAAAGAAGCAAAUAUGAAGGCCCCAACAUCGUUCAAGGUUGGGGAUUGCAUAAGUAGAAUCGCGAGCAGACUAACUGGGUCACCUCCAACCGUGAAGGAAGAUGGAGUUUCACCUCUGAUGACCACAGUUAGUGGAAAGAGGGGUAGAGGUAGACCACGAAAGACUAAAAUGGAGGAAGAAAGGAGUGCAAAUGGUCAGAAAGAGAAACUCGCCACAAGUGUGAGAGUUUCACCAGAGAACACCACAGAUGGUGUAAAAAGGAGAGGCAGACCCCGUAGUGUUAAAAACGAAGAACAAAAGGUGAGAGUCUCACCAGAGAACAUCACAGAUGGUGUAAAAAGGAGAGGUAGACCCCGUAGUGUUAAAAACGAAGAACAAAAGUUGAUAGUUUCACCGGAGAACACCACAGAUGGUGUAAAAAGGAUAGGCAGAUUCCGUAGUCGUGCAAAUGAAGAAAAAAAGGUGAGAGUUUCACCAGAGAACACCACAGAUGGUGUAAAAAGGAGAGGUAGACCCCGUAGUGUUGAAAACAAAGAACAAAAGUUGAUGGUCUCACCAGAGAACACCAUAGAUGGUGUUAAAAGGAGAGGUCGACCCCGUAGUGUUGAAAACCAAGAACAAAAGUUGAGAGUUUCACCAGAGAACACCACAGAUGGUGUAAAAAGUAGGGGUAGACCCCGUCGUGUUAAAAAUGAAGAUCAAAAGGUCACGCAAGUUUUGAAAGAUAACCGCACCAAGAACGAAAUAGUUUUGACAAAGGAGACCACAGGAAGUGAGAAAAGAAGAGGCAGAGGUAGACCCCCAAAGGAGAAGAGGGAGGAUGAAGAGGGCACACCAAUAAUGAAAGAUCACCCCACAAGAAAUGAGAUAGUUCUGUACAAGACUACAGGUGGUGAAAAAAGGGGUAGGGGUAGACCACCAAAGGCUAGGAAAGAGGUAGAAAAAGGCACACCAUUAGUGAAAAAAAAUUGCACGACAAAUGAAAUGCUUGAGCAACUCGUUGCAGCUGCAAGAGAUCCUGAUGUACAAGAAGACUCUGCAGUUAUUGGGUUUUUCUCUGCUUUCAGGAGCUCGCUUUGUCCUGAAGCUUUUAAUCCUGAACAGACUGAGGAAAUCCAAGAAAGUGAGAGGGAUAAUUCUAUCGAUAUCAGAAACACCAGCAAACCAGAGAGAGAAAAUGUAGAGGUGGGGCAUAAUAGGGAACCUAAUCCAGGGGUGCAGCCCCAGGAAAAGAAGCUCGAAUCUGUUGUGAUACCAAUAGUGUCAAGCCCUGAUGAUUCAGGUUCAGGAAAUGGGGCAAAAGAGAAUGAAGAGAAAGGGAAAGAUGUAGAUGGAAGUGAAUGUAGUGAGAGAGAGGUGGAAGAGGAGAGCUCUCCUACUGCACUGAUACUGAGCUUCACACAAGGGGACAAUGCUCUUCCUUCUGAGGCAGAGUUGAACCAAAUUUUUGGGAAGUUUGGGCCUCUCAAAGAAUCAGAGACGGAAGUACUUCAGAAGUCUUGUCGUUCUCGAGUGGUUUUCAAGAGGCGAGCAGAUGCUGAAGCUGCAUUCAGUAGCGCGGGUAAGUUCAGUAUCUUUGGGCCUGCUCUUGUGAGUUAUAGGCUCAAGUAUUCAUCGCUCUCUAAGUGAGAAAUCAGCAAGACAAUGAGAAUUUGGCUGCUAUAAAUUUUGAUUGUAAAGUGUUGCAGUAUACUGCACCCAUGAAGAACAUCUUGGUUGGAUCUUUCAGGUGCUAGACCGGUGGGAAGAGGGGAGGAGAGGUAAUUAGGUGUAACAUCACAGUAUUGUACCAUUCUCUGUCUCUCUGUCUCUGUCUCUCUCUCUCUCUCUCUCUCUCUCUCUCUCUCUCUCCCCAUGGGUGAUUUUCUGUUGUCAUAGAAGAUGUUCAAACUUUUGGAAAGAUAAGGAGUGGGAAAACCAGGCCAGUAUAUUGUUUUGUCCUCUGUUGUAAUUGUAACCAUCAUCAGAUCAGGCCAAAUGCAAUAAGGCAUGUAAUCACACUGUUUUUAGCACUCAAAGGCCAUGCUAAAACCUCUUUCCUAGUCGUGUAUCGACUACCAUUACUGCUUUCUGUUUCAUUUGUUGGCAAAGUUGGAUCCAAUUGUGGCCUACAUGGUCCAUACACCGGUUCUUUUUUUCUGUUUUCUUUUCAAUUUCAAAAGGUGGAACUCGUUUCCAUUUCCUAUAUCCUCAUUUGGCAUCUUAAGUUUGUUUAGUAACUUGUUUAGUAGUUAAGUGCUCA